CCUCCCCGCUUCUCCCCGGCUCCAGCUCAUGAUGAAGUGAUGAUGGCGGCUGUGCCCAGGCUCCGCGUUCCAAGCUGCUGCUAGUCUCCCUGAUGGAGUGUGCGGGCCUCGGCGCGGGGACCCAGCAGCAUCUCCUGCACUUCCUCAGGAGGCUGAAGCAGGUCUUCGACGUGUGCGAUGAAGAUGCUGACGGCUUUAUCAAGGUGGAACAUUUCAUGGAUCUGGGGCUACAGUUUGCUCGGGGAGAUGAGGUGGAGAAACUUGUUAAAUUCUUGGACCCAAAUGACUUGGGAAGAAUAAAUUUCAAGGACUUUUGCCGCGGAGUGUUCGCGAUUAAAGGGCGUGAUGAGCUGGUGUAUGGAGUGCUGGGGGUAAAACACGGAGAACGCCCUCAAUAUCACACGGGAUAUGUGGAUUUCUACCACCAGGAACAGAGCACUGAGCUGCCAGACGGGAUCUCCAUGGACCGGCAGAGCACGUACAGCGAUUCCGAGUCGUAUCCAGACGAAGACCGGAUUACAUUGCCGCAGUGUGGACUCCUCCAUGAGUCCGAUCCGGACAGCGCCAUUGAGAGCACUCAGAGCUCGGAAACAUCAGACGAGGGUCCGAGUGAAGACAAGACUGGAGAGCUGGAUGGCCUCUACCUCCCUAGAGACCGAAUCCUCCUGAACCCGUCAGCUGAUUUCUCAACGCACUCCACGGCCUCCUUAAUCAGUAACGAGGAGCAGUUUGAAGACUACGGAGAAGGUGAAGAUGCUGAUUACCGCCCCAGCAGCCCGUGUCAGGACGACGAGAGCAAAACCAAUGCCUACUCUGAUCUGGGCUCGUCUGUCUCUUCUAGUGCGGGACAAACGCCGCAGAAGAUGAGACGCACGUACAACGACGACUUACUAGACAUGUACUGCUCCCAGUGCUGCAAAAAAAUUACCCUUCUGAACGACCUGGAAGCCAGGCUAAAAAGCCUGAAAGCCAACAGCCCUAACAGGAAGAUCUCCAGCACGGCGUUUGGCAGGCAACUUCUCCACAACAGCAACCUGAGCAGCAGUAACGGCAGCACCGAGGAUCUGUUCCGGGACAGCAUUGACUCAUGUGACAAUGACAUCACCGAAAAGGUGAGCUUCCUAGAGAAGAAGGUGACAGAGCUGGAAAAUGAGAACUUAACUUGCGGGGAUGUCAAAAGCAAACUGAAACAUGAAAACACGCAGCUGGUCCAUCGAGUCCAUGAAUUAGAGGAGCUUUUAAAAGAUCAGGAGAUGCGAUCAGACCAGGUCAUGGAUGAGGAACUCAAACGGCACAGAGAAAUGUUUGGCAAGCUCCAGAAAGAGAAAAACACAGAGAUUGAACUACUGAGUGGCAGGGUUCAGGAACUGGAGGAGGAAAAUGAGGAAUUAAUAACGUCCAUAACCAGACUGAAAUCGCAGACAGAGAAGAUAGACGAGGAAAGGCAGCGGAUGUCAGACAAGUUGGAAGACACCAGUCUGCGGCUUAAAGAUGAGAUGGAUCUGUACAAGAAAAUGAUGGAUAAACUGAGACAGAGCCGGCUGCACUUCCAGAAGGAAAGGGAAGCCACUCAGGAUCUCAUUGAAGACUUGAGGAAGGAGCUGGACCAUUUGCAGAUGAGCAGAGGACGGAGCUUGUCUUCUGGGCAGUGUGAACUCAACGCCAAGACCAGGGAAGCAGAACUGGAGCAAGAAAUCAGGAAGCUCAAACUGGAUAACCAGAAGCUCCGGGAUCAGAACGACGACUUAAAUGGCCAAAUCCUCAGCCUCAGUCUGUAUGAGGCAAAAAGUCUGUUUUCCACCCAGACCAAGGCUCAGUCUUUGGCCGCUGAAAUAGACUCUGCCUCCAGGGAUGAGCUCGUGGAGGCCUUAAAAGAACAAGAAGAGAUCAACUACCGACUACGGCAAUACAUGGACAAAAUCAUCCUGGCCAUUCUGGAUCAUAACCCCUCCAUACUGGAAAUAAAAAACUAAUCUCCCCUC